AGACUGUGAGUUUGCAAGCUGGGGCACAGAGAGGGGCCCAGGGCAGAGAGAGAGAAGAAACAAGUGAACAAGGCAGACAGGCACCUGGAGAGUGGGGUCAGGUUUGAGCAGGACUUCCUAACCCACACCUGGGAAAGGGAGCUGCCGUGCAGUGUGGUCCAAAAAGCAUUGGCCCAGUGCUCGGAGUCCCCACGUUACAGCAUCCCUGCUGCGGCUUGAGGCUGCUGUCUCUGGGAGUCCCCAGUAAGGGCUCUCUCUCUCUUUCCUGCUAAGCUCCAGUCCUGGGAUUGAAAUAGGAGCUGGAACUCACUGCACCCUAGCAGUCAUGGGACCCAGGAUAGGGCCAGUGGGUAUAGAGCCCCAGGUGCCAGACAAGGACACCAAGGUCAUGAUGGGCACAGAAGACACACCUGGAAACAAAGCCAGCCCAGACUCUCAGGACUUGCGGCCAAGUGUGUUCCACAACAUCAAGUUCUUCAUCCUGUGCCACAGUUUGCUGCAACUGGCACAGCUCAUGAUCUCCGGCUACCUCAAGAGCUCUAUCUCAACGGUGGAGAAACGCUUUGGCCUCUCCAGCCAGACCUCCGGGCUGCUGGCUGCCUUCAAUGAGGUGGGGAACACAGCCCUGAUUGUGUUCGUGAGCUAUUUUGGCAGCAGGGUACACCGACCCCGACUGAUCGGCUGUGGGGCUAUCGUUGUGGCCCUGGCGGGCCUGCUCAUGACUCUCCCGCACUUCAUCUCGGAGCCGUACCGCUACGACCGCACCAGCCCCGCAGACGCGCCGCAGGACUUCGAGUCUUCCCUGUGCCUGCCCGCAACCUCGGCCCGGGCCCUGGCCCACUCCAACAGCAGCAGCUGUUCAAGCUACACGGAGACCCAGCAUCUGACCGUGGUGGGGAUCAUGUUUGUGGCUCAGACCCUGCUCGGUGUGGGCAGUGUCCCCAUCCAGCCCUUCGGCAUCUCCUAUAUUGAUGACUUUGCCCACAACAACAACUCGCCCCUUUACCUUGGGAUCCUGUUUGCAGUGACGAUGAUGGGGCCAGGCAUGGCCUUUGGGCUGGGUGGCCUCAUGCUUCGCCUUUAUGUGGACAUUGACCGAAUGCCAGAAGGUGGUAUCAGCCUGACCUCAAAGGACCCCCGAUGGGUGGGUGCCUGGUGGCUGGGCUUCCUCGUUUCUGCUGCCGCCGUGGCCCUGGCUGCUGUCCCCUACUUCUUCUUUCCCAGGGAGAUGGCCAAGGAGAAAGAUGAGCUUCACUUCCGGCAAAAGGUCUUGGCAGUUGUCAGCAAAUGUGAAGAUCUCUCCUCUGAGCAGAGCCCUGAGGGGUCCCCAGAGAAGCAAGACAGCCCAGCCCAGAUUGCACCAGACCUGACGGUGACCCAGUUCAUCAAAGUCUUCCCCAGGGUGCUGCUGCGAACCCUGCGCCACCCCAUCUUCCUGCUGGUGGUCCUGUCCCAGGUGUGCACGUCGUCUAUGGUGGCGGGCAUGGCUACCUUCCUGCCCAAGUUCCUAGAGCGCCAGUUUUCCGUCACAGCGCCCUACGCCAACAUGCUCAUUGGCUGCCUCACCAUCCCCUCAGCCAUCGUGGGCAUCGUAGUGGGGGGCAUCCUGGUCAAGCGUCUCCACAUGGGCCCCAUGCGCUGCAGUGCCCUUUGCCUGCUGGGGGCGCUGCUCUGCCUGCUUUUCAACCUGCCCCUCUUUUUCAUGGGCUGCCCUACCCACCAGAUCGCAGGCAUCAUCCACCAGCCGCGUGUCCAGCCUAGGCUGGAGCUCUUUCCAGACUGCAUGGAGCCCUGCUCCUGCCCUUCAGAUGACUUUAACCCGGUCUGCGACCCCAGCACCCAUGUGGAGUACCUCACACCCUGCCACGCAGGCUGCACAAACAAGGUGGUCCAAGAGUCUCUGGACAAAAGCCAGGUUUUCUACACCAACUGCAGCUGCGUGGUGGGGGGUGGCCCUGUGCCUGCGGGCUCCUGCGAGUCGACCUGCAGCCACCUGGUGCUACCCUUCAUGUUCCUGAUUGGCAUGGGUGCAGCCAUGGCCAGUGUCACCCACACACCCUCCUUCAUGCUCAUCCUAAGGGGAGUGAAGAAAGAAGACAAGACUUUGGCUGUGGGAAUCCAGUUCAUGCUCCUGAGAGUUUUGGCCUGGAUGCCCAGCCCUGUGAUCCACGGCAGUGCCAUCGACACCACCUGUGUGUACUGGGCCCAGAGCUGUGGGCGUCGGGCCGUCUGCCGCUACUAUGACCAUGACCUGCUCCGAAACCGGUUUAUUGGCCUCCAGUUCUUCUUCAAGAUGGGCUCCCUGGUCUGCUUCGCCUUGAUUUUGGCUAUCCUAAGGCAGCAGGACAAAGAGGAGGAGACCAAGGUGGUGACAUGCCCUGGCCUACAGGAGCAGCUAUUAACUCCCGGACCAGAGAAGAAGUCUGUUGAAUCCACAAUGUGAGCUGUCCCAGGACCCCACCCUGGCCAAGAGUGGUGCCACGGGGCUUGAGUCUGUGCCACCUGGGGCUCUAUGGAUGCCUGGUUCCGCGAUGCCUGGGUUGGCAUAAGGACCAGCUCUUUGUAAUGCCCAGCCUGUAAUGCUGGGAGCAGUGACGCUCGGCUCCGUGCAGUGAGUCAGUACGUGGAAUGCUUGGAUCUAAAUGAACUGGGCCUGUGCACACCAGGCCUUCUCUGAUUUUAUGUCCAGGCCCGGUUAUCCUCCUGGGAUGGAUCAGGAGGGAGUUUCCUGAUCUGCUCCCAGCCCAUUCUGUUGCCUUCACCUAUCUGACCUGGCUGGGACCUGCUGCCCCAGAGGCAGGAGACAGGGAGCCAUCAGCAGUGGCUUCCCAGGCGCUGUGUCCAGCCACGUGCUGGGGGCUGGGAGAAGCUGAGGGGACAGGGAACACAACUGGCUGGGGCCCCUGAGCAGCUCUCAGCAGCAGACUUUGAGACUAUCUCACGUGAAAGAAGAGGGAAGAUCAGAGGUUCUGAUUUCCAUUUUAUUCCACUAUUUGUUGAUACUUUUAAACGUUUAACAAAUAUCUGAGCCUGUAUUUAUGAAUGUCAAGAAUUUCAAAGUCUCCAACAAGAUGAGGCUGUUUGUAUGUUUAUAUUCCUUCUCCUUCCCUCUUGUUUCUCAGGUUUUGCAAAAAUAACCUGGAAUUAUAGAUACAGCUUGUUAUUAAAUUUGUCCUUGCACAA